ACACAUACAUGUGCGCUUUCAUAACAGUUUCACUUCGGCGUUACGUAAAUUGUCAAUUUUAACAAGUUUCUUUGCUGUUUAUCUAAACAGAUUGGGUUAAUAAAGAUUAAAGCAAGCAGAAUGCACGCAUUCAGCACAACUCUGUGCAUUUUCUUUGUUUUUAUUAAUCAUAACAACGGAAUAUUUGUGAAAGAGAACUGGCUGGAUGGCAUAAAGACCAAUCAAAAAAAUUAUGGAGUAGCAGUCUCGGAUGUAAAUCAUGACGGUAACCCGGAUUUUAUUGUCGCCGGAUACGAUGGAGCUAAUUUUGUUUUCACCUACGAUAAAACAACGGGAACUGUGACGAACAUUGCACAAGACAACACCCCAUUCGCCAGACUGAGGGAUGUUCCGGGCGCUGCAAUUGGAGUUGCCGCCUGUGACAUUGACGGUGAUGGCAAAGAAGAAAUUUACUUUCUCAACACCAACCAGGCGUAUGCUGGACGAGCUGCAUACGGCGACAAGAUCUUCAAGUGGCGUGACAAUCGUUACGUCGACUUGUACUCCGACACGGUCAAUUACAAUAUGCCAGCCAAAGGUUUCGCUGGUAGAUCAGUGGCUUGUGUAGAUAGACGAGGGUCGGGAAAGUAUUCCUUUGUGCUGGCAACAUACUCAGCUUACGGAGAAGGCCAGUUUGCAUUGAUAGAGAUGGACGAAAGUCAUCCGGAAAAUGAUAUAAAUACGGGAAGGAUUGUUCUAAAGAAUGUGGGAGGUCCAGCUGGAAUUGCUAGAAGCACAGGGGGUCGUGGAAUCGUUGUGGGUCCCAUCCUCGGAAAUAACGGACGCUCAGAUAUAUUCUUCGGUAAUGAAGGGAAUUCUGGUCUUCGAAAUGCUGGCGCCAACUAUUUAUUCAUGAAUAAAGGGGACGGUACUUUCACAGACAUUGCUGGAGCCGCUGGAAUUGCCGACGCCGACGAAAAUGUGCGUGGUAUCGCGCUGGCAGAUUUUAACAGAGAUGGUAAAAUAGAUAUUGCAUACGGAAAUUGGAACGGACCGCACCGUCUGUUUUUACAGAAGAGAAAUAAAGACAGUGUGACAUUUACGAACUUUGCCAGUUCAAAUGCUAACUAUAGCAUGCCGUCUUUAAUAAGAACUGUAAUAGCAGCUGACUUUGAUAAUGAUGGAGUAAUGGAAGUGUUACAUAACAAUAUUUACAGCAGAGGUCGCUUACAACCAAAUAAAUUAUUUAAAAUAGUACCUGAUGGCAAGGGUGUUAAAAUACAAGAUUUAGAUAUUGGUGAUGCCCUUGAAGAAAAUGGAUAUGGUACGGGUGGCGCAGUUACUGAUUUCAACGGGGAUGGUAAAUUAGAAGUUAUGCUGUCUCACGGUGAAGGAAAUUCUCAGCCGUUGUCAAUUUUCACAGUCAGCACGGGAGCUGGUAAUAACUGGAUCCGAAUCCAACCUAGGACGAAAUUUGGAGCCCCAGCUCGUGGAUCUGCUGUCAAAGUUACAACGCAGUCGGGAACCAUCCAUUUACACGUUAUAGACGGUGGCUCGGGAUAUUUAUGUGAAAUGGAACCUUACGCUCACAUAGGUCUUGGUAAAGAGAUCCCGAAAGAACUUUCCAUUCAAUGGCCAGAUGGGACGACUAUCAGUAAAGCUUUGACAAGUGCUGACUUGAACAAAGUUCAUAUUGUAGAUUAUAAAAGCAAGGCGCCAAACGACAAAGUCAGCGAUAAAAGCAAUCAGUCUGGUCCAAAAGUUUGUCCGGUUGGAAAGUGGAAGGCAACACCCUAUCGUGAUUUUCCUGUCCUGUGUGAAGGUGACAGGGUGACGCGUGGUCCUGGUUGGACUUGGAGAAAUGAGAACAAUGGAGGACCUGGUGCUGUGGUGAACGGAGACGUUUCCUCCUACAUUACCUACAAUGCUAACAGAGGCGACCCCUACUGGGUUCAAGUCAGAUGGGAACGGAACGGGGUUUCACUGCCGUAUCGCAUGGGGUCUAGAGGCGCACAGGACCUUUGUCUUUGCUCAGACUGCGGUGUGAGACCUGAAUGCCAGUGUUCAUGCUAGGUUCCAUUAAAAAUACUAUCUUACUCAACAAAGUUGCAAGAUCUAUAUUGCUUUAUGUGUGCUUUGUACUCUGUACGUUUUGGCUGUAUGUCAGAACUGGGAAAGGAUUCAUUUAGCUUCACAUGACAUGCAAUAUGUAUUCAAGCCUUACAAUUGCACGAGAACCCAUCCGUGUUAAUCACAUCGCUAUUUUCAUCAUCAGACAAGACAAGUUUUAGUUGUCAACAAAUGAAUAAUGUAGUUUGAACUUGCUUAAGAUCUGAAUGUUUUGAAGUUAAAUCAGAUGUGAUUUUUAUGUAUCUUCUGUGUUAGAAGGUUAUAUAAUAAUGCUGUUAAAUACAUGUAGGUUUUAUAAAAUGCUGUUACUGUAAGAAAUUUUUUGUACUAAAGGGUAUUAAACGUGUAAUUGUGGUAUAGUAUCGGGCAAUUUCUUUUGUAUCUUAUAUUGAAUUCCUUUGCACUGAAACAACAUUAUCAUGAUCACCAUAAAAUUAUCCAUCAUCAUCAUCAUCAUCAUCAUCAUC